AUGUACACAACCACACUUGACAUUCGUUUGCUCGCAACAACUCUUGUGGGAUCUGCAUUGGCAACCUCCCCAGAGCUAAAUCUCUUUGCGCAUGGCAACACAGGCCCAUUGCUAGGAACAUCUUUCGGCACUCCAGGCGCGAGCGCAACCUUCGACUAUGUGAUCGUGGGAGGAGGCAAUUCCGGCCUCACAAUUGCAAGCCGUUUAGCCGAGAACCAAACGGUGAGCGUGGCGGUGAUCGAGGCGGGCGGCUUCUACGAAACAGACAAUGGCAAUUACUCCAUUGUACCGGGGUAUUCGAGCUAUUACACGGGUUCAGACCCGAUCGACUACCAACCACUCAUCGACUGGGGUUUCAGUACACAGCCUCAGCCUGGAUCAGGGGGCAGAGUCUUGCAUUAUGCCAGGGGCAAGACUCUGGGCGGUUCCUCUGCCAGGAACUACAUGCUCUAUCAACGGCCGACGGUUGACAGUAUGCAGCGUUGGGCUGAUGAGGUGGAUGACCAGAGCUAUACUUUUGAGAAUUUGCUGCCCUACUACAAGAAUUCAGUUCAUUAUACGCCUCCCAACGAGGACUUGUACAGCAACUCCAGCAACAGCCAGACCGCAGAUGCGUUCAGUUCUCUUGGUGGGCCGCUUGAAGUCUCGUUUAGCAAUCUCGUGAAUGCUUUCGGGACAUGGUGCCAGACUGCAUUCAUCAAUCUCGGCAUGAAACAGAUUGAUGGAUUCAACAGCGGUCAACUGAUUGGCUCUGCCUUUGCGACUUUCACUAUCAACCCGCGGAAUGCACAUCGAUCCAGUUCUGAGUCAAGCUUCCUCCAGAAUGUGCUACGCAAAGGUGUGAGCCCUACUAUAUACAAAAACACCAUAGCGCAAAAGAUAUUGUUUGAUCGCACCAACAAGCGCGCAACCGGGGUCCAAGUAUCGACUGCAGGUACCUUCGGCACUGAGUCCAUCAAUUUUACACUGCAUGCUCGCAACGAGGUCAUUCUUUCAGCCGGUGCUUUCCAAUCCCCACAACUGUUGAUGGUCUCCGGCAUCGGAUCCUGCAAGUACCUGCGCAACUUCAACAUCCCAUGCAUCAAAGACCUUCCAGGGGUGGGUCAGAACAUGCAAGACCAUCCUAUUUUCGGGAUAGCACAUCGCGUUAAUGUCCUCACGGCCUCUGCCUCCGCCAACAAUGCAACAGUGGCAGCUCUUGCGGUGCAAGAAUACAUCCAGAAUGCCACAGGGGCAUUAUCAAUCUUUGGGCCGGGUUAUUACGGCUGGGAGAAACUGCCCAAUCCAUUCCGCUCAAACCUCAGUCGCGAAUCUAGACACGCCUUGUCGAAGCUUCCAUCUGACUGGCCGGAACUGGAAUGGCUGCCUAUCAGUGCAUUCAAUGGCUACAACCUCAACAAGGUGACAGCUGAUCCGAAAGACGGUCAUCAAUAUGCAACUAUCAGUGGAGCGUUGAUUGCACCUUUAUCGCGUGGCUUUGUUCGGCUCGCUGGUCCGAGUAUGGGCUUUCCGCCUGUCAUUGAUCCGCAGUGGCUUGUGGAUCCAACCGAUAUGGACCUUGCUAUUCAGAUGUUCAAGCGGCAGCGGCAGAUUUGGGCUGAGUUGGCUAAGUUGGGAGUUGCAGAGCAUGAGGAGUACUUCCCUGGCUUUAAUGUUUCCACUGAUGCUCAGAUCCGGGAGUACAUCCAACAAAGUAUGACCACUGUCUACCAUGCGUCAGCAACUUGCAAGAUGGGACGCCAGAAUGACACGAUGGCUGUGGUAGAUAGUCAUGCUCGAGUUUAUGGUAUGCAGGGCUUGAGGGUUGUCGAUGCUAGCAGUUUCCCAUUUCUGCCGCCUGGCCAUCCCCAGUCUACCGUCUAUGCUUUUGCCGAGAAGAUUGCGGAUGAGAUCUUGAAGAGUGAUUGGAGGAGAUCAGACCAGGCUCUUCGUGAUAUGAGCUGA